UGAUCUUGCCAGUGGUACGACUAGUCCUAAAGGAGGAGGCUGCAUUGAAUCACAAUAAAACAUUAUAAUUGUUGCUACGUUAUUUCGAUGGCGACAGUGGAACCAAAACUCAUCCUUUUAUUUAGCGGGAAACGCAAAUCUGGGAAAGAUUACGUGACGGAUUUAAUUCACCAAAGACUAGGUCCAGAUGUUUGCUGCAUAUUGCGUCUUUCGGGGCCUCUCAAACAGCAAUAUGCACAGGACCAUGGACUGGACCUUGCGGAGCUAAUGGGACCAGGUGAGUACAAGGAGAAGUAUCGGGCUGACAUGAUCCAGUGGGGUGAGAAUCAGAGAGAGAAGGACCCAGGUGUCUUCUGUCGACUGGCCAUCAAAGGGGCCCAGCAGCCCAUAUGGAUUGUGAGUGAUGCACGGCGUCUGUCAGACCUGCAGUGGUUUUGGAGGGUGUAUCCCAGUCAGUCUCGUUGUGUUCGGGUGGAAGCCUCAGAGGAGACGAGAAGGGAGAGGGGCUGGGAGUUCACUGCUGGAAUAGAUGACGCAGAAUCUGAAUGUGGGCUCGACCAAGGGGUCAAUUUUGAUUGGAUUAUCAAAAAUGAGGGUGAUGGAUCACACCUGGAGGAGCAGCUUGCCACCGGGCUGCUCUCAAUUGCCAAAGAAAAAGCAAAAGAGAACUGAAGUGGAGGGGACGUUACACUGCUGUAGUAACGUGUGCUGAAAGCUUAUGGUUAAAUAAUGGAGUUGGGUAAACAUUUCAAUAUUUUCUGUGAAAAUCCUUUUAAACCUUUGAGAGCAAGCCUCAAAUAGUAGACAACUCUAUGUAAUCUAUCAUUGAUCUUGGUGACUGUAUAAGUGAAUUUACUUGGAACACAUACGGAUGACGAAUUCAACAAUAUAUAUGUCCACCAACAUGAAGCGUCUCAAUAAGAUAUUAGGCCGCCACGACCCAUUGUUCUAAAAGAUAUUCCCUCAUUAUGUUUUCAUGAUGGUGUUGGAGAGUGCUGUCUAACAUGUUGGUCCAAAAUCUCCCAUAGGUUUUCAAUUGGGUUGAGAUCUGGUUACUGCAAAGGUCAAUAGCAUGUGAUUCACCAUUUUCAUACUCAUCAAACCACUGUGACCCCUGUGGAUGGGGGCUUUGGAUGACCUGGAUGACCUUUCUCAUCAGGAUAGAAAUAUUUCACCAUAGUAAAAGGAUGAUCACUCAGAAUAACUUUGUAAUGAUUUGCAGUAACCUUUCUCUAUGGGGGCAAGUGAACUCAAACUCCAACCGUAAAAUACCCCCCACAGCAUAACAGAGCCUCCAGACACCCUUACUGUUGGGAUCCAGCAUUCAGGCCUAUACCUUUCUUUAGGUGUAUGCCACACAUGCACUCGUCCACUUGAUGAGAAAAUCAUGAAGGACGACUCAUCAGACCAGAUCACUUUAUUCCAUAUCUCUGUACCAGUGCCUAUGUUGUGCCGACACUGUCUGACCAUGUUUUACAUUGACAUUCUCCUGGGAAAGAGUUGCUCCUCCUUUUGUCCUUACAAAUCACAUUAGUGCACAAGGAUCACGGUCAUUGAAUGUGUGAUUUUCACCACAAUUUCCAACCCUACUCACUGAUGUCUUUUCCAUAGAUCUACAUUAUCCCAUAGAUCUGAAGCUCCUGCCAUCUGUGCCCCAAUAAUGAACCCUCCUUCAAAGUCACUUGCAUCCUUUCCUCUUACCACCUUGAUCCAAAGUCACCUGGGCCAGCAUUUCUAUACAUUCCAGAGAGCAUGAUAGGAUGUUCAUUGCUUAAUGGUAUCAUGCAAUACACCCAUAUGGAAUAAUCUGUAUAGGAUAUGUUCCUCCACUAAUUUAGCUGCCAUGUCUCAUAAUGUUCCAUGGAUCAUGAGGUUUUUUCUUGGUCUGGUUUUGUAAAAGUAGUUCAUACAUUAAAGGAGCACAAUGUUGAAGAGUUGCGCUGUAAUAUGAUUAAAUUGGACUGGCUUCUGUUGUCAGUUGGAAAACCCGCAUCCUCCAGUGAAUCUUAGAGACAUGGACUUUAGGGCCAUUGAGCAACUGCCCUGUUAGUGUCUGUCAAUCCACCGGUCAGGUUUAACUUGCUAUCACAUUUCCUGUUUGCUGAUGCAAUUUGUCCAUGAUCGGCACAUUUGGUCAUGCUUUUUGAGUUUUAAUAUAUACAAUGGUUUUGCACCUGCAAUUUGAGUGCAAACUAGUUGGUCUCUCUAGAACUCUGUUGCCUCAUGUUGCUUUAAAUGCAAAUCUUAGUGUUAAUUGUCCUCUAAUAUAGCAGACACACGUACUGCUAAUUGGCAAUCAACGUGACCUCUACAGCGGUGUUUGUAAUAUGGUUAUUUCAAGGUGACUGUCCUUAUCCAUGUGGUCUUUGCAUUAUUGUGUCCCAAAGCCCCUAUCGACCUAUUUGGAGUGGAUGUAAGUUACGUCACUGAAGUUUGGUGGUCCCAGAAAACUGCGGGAACAAUUGUAGGGAAACGAGGACAAACCUUGGACUAACGGAAAAACAUUUUGAGCCGUUGGACGUUGGAAUAGGAAUGCAAAAAAUAUGGCCUUCAUUUUUAUAGAAUACCGUUGUCAAAGCCAUUUGAAGCUAAAUGCAGAUGUUUAUGGUUGCAAGCCAUUAAACAGACUGGACUGAUGAAAUAAUCCAGAAAGGUCAUUUCAUAUCAGGCAAUGUUUUGUCCACCAUUUAUCACACAGGCAAAAUCAAUGAUGUAGUUAUAACAGCAGCAACCACAAAGCUGGCAUUCUUAGUAGGCCAUUUUCAUAUUGGUAAACACCAUUGACCAACGUUAGCAACAUAAGCUAGCGUGUAAGCAGAAUUAGUAUGCAAACAAACCGAAUUGCUCAUACUUAGUUUAGCUUACUCAUUUCUGCAAGCAUUUAAUGAAUGAAUUUGAUAUACGGUAAAAAAAAAGUCUGGGAUAUGACAUUUACUUAAUUGUAGAAGGUAUACAGAUGAUCCAUAUUCCUAUGUUGUAAAGAGCUGUCACUUUCUGCCACUAGUUGGCUCCACCCACAAAAUACAUAGUCACUGUUUACUAACACAAAAACAUUCUAUACCUUCCACAUAAUCAAUUCUACACAUUACACCUUAAAGGUAGAGAUGAGGAAAAUCAGUGUUUACAAUUUAAUGGAGAAACUAAGUUUUAAAUAAGCGGUUGAGAGUUCAUCGUUUACCUCAAGAACAGUCCCUAUACCUAAAUGUUGUGAAAAACUGAACAGAAAAUAAAGUCAAUUUUGUAAUGUCAAUACAAAUCAUGGUCCUUUAUUUAAAAAAAAAAAAAAUCAAUUGUGUCAUGAUUAUUACAAUGAAAACAUUACUGGUAACAAAAUGUUUACACCGCUUUGGCCAAACAAACUUGGUUAACUGUUUCACUGUUUUCAAAACUGGUGAGCGAGCAAAUUAGUGUACAGAUUUGUACAAAUACUAUUGUGUCUACGAGGAAGUUGUAUCUCCUGAUGCUUUUUAAAAAUAUUUGAGAAAUGUGACAAGUAGCAUACAUGUAACAGUAAAUCAACUUUGUAUGGCCUUAGUUUUAAGUGAAAAGUUCCAGUUAUUCAUUUUAAGGUUUUCGUUUCACUUAAUUUGCUCGAAAAAAAACUGUUGAUCUAUACUGAUAAGAGGUGUAGAUAAUACCCUCGUUUCCCUUCUCCCUAUUCCCCCUCAUUGGCCCCUACGAGUCCAUUUUGGCAGUGGAAUGUGUGGUGAUUGGCUGAUCACACCCCUCCCCUUGUCCUUACAUCAUCUCAUCCAGAUAAAUAUCCCAAUUCCCUAACUAAAACAAAACAAAAGAACAUAGGCUGCAAUAAGCUAAAAUAUUCUGUCCAAUUCCU